AUGGCUGCUGACAAGAUGGACGAAAUCACAAACCGAGAGAAACUCCCCAUUCUUGUUGGCGGCUCAACGUCUCUCGCAAUACCAUUGCUGCAUGAGGCGUUGAAGCGGCAGUAUCGGUUUGUUUCUGCAACGCUGAUCCCGCGUCAGUCCACAUACUGGCAAUUCAUCCAAGUUAGAGCCAGCGAAAUGCUCGAGAGGGGUCUCCUUGACGAACUUGAGACGCUGAGAGACCUGCAGCAGAGUUUGAUGGAUGACAACGCGUGCUUCCAUAAGGGGGUAUGGAAAGCCAUUGGGUAUCAAGAGUUCUAUCCCUAUCUCGAGGCAGACUCGCCACGUAACGCCCGGCAGUCGUCAUUCCAGAGGGGCCUCGCACUCAUGAACGCCAACACCUUGCAUGGCGGAUCUUCCCCGGGGAACGAUCCGGGUCACAUCGAUGCAGCUAAAAAGCUUGCGUUUGCUCUCCACCAAAAUAACUACAGACUCGUCUACGGUGGCGGAACAACUGGGAUCAUGGGCGCCAUCGCCAGCACUCUGGUGCAACUCUCUGGACCAAGUGCCGUCCAAGGCAUCAUUCCGGUUGCACUCGCAAAGUACGAGGAAAGACUCACCAAGAAAAGGGCCGAUCCUUUAAAGUUCGGGAGCAGAACUGUUGUGAAAGACAUGCAUACAUGCAAAAGACUCAUGAUCGAGGCAGUCAUUGGUGGCGCUCCAGGGAGCGGCUUUGUAGCUCUCAGUGGUGGAUACGGUACCUUGGAGGAACUCCUUGAGACAGCGACUUGGUACCAGCUUGGUAUUCAUCGAUGCGGCAUCUGUGUGUUUGACGUAUGCGGGUUUUACAAGGGUUUGAUGGACUGGGUUCGUCAAGCUGCACAGGCAGGCUUUAUUAGCACAGAGGAUGCUACUAUACUGCGGGUUGCAACGACGGCUGAGGAUGUCAUCGGCUGCCUAGGCAGUAAUGAUCACCGCUUUUCGCGGAUGGGGGAGCUGGAAUGGGGCUAG